UUCAAUUCUCGACGUAAACAAAAACGAUCCUAUCAACUGUCCGGUGAAAAGUUACUGCUGUGAAUCGAUUACGAGAGUUUUACAGUUUAAAAAUAAUUAAACGUUUUCUUUUUAUAUUCGGCUUGCAGUAGACGGUAUAAAUAUGAGUGAACACGACAUUUCCAAAAUGAAGGUAGCUGACCUCAAAAAAGAACUUAAAAACCGUGGUCUUAGCACUUUGGGGAACAAACACGAACUAAUCGAUAGACUGCAGAAUGCCCUCAUUGAUGGUGGUGAUCCUCUAGAAGAUACUGCAAAUUCCGAAGAUUUAUUGGAAGAUGAUGACCUAAAUGAUGACAUUUUAGAGGACGAGGAAGAGAAACUUCAAGAUGGUAUCGCCGAAGAGGAGCAUAUACUGAAAUCGCCUACGCCUAGCGAAGCUUCUAAAUCGGAGUCACCCGAGCAGCAGAGACCACAGGAAUCAACUGUAAAGAAACUGGAAUUACAAAAGGACAUAAAAGAAGAUCAAUCGAUUCCCCAGAAAAAAGUAGCUCUUAAACGGAACAUUUCGAUUUCCGUUUCAGCGCCAAUCACGCCCACUGUUACUGUGGCAAGUAAUAGCAAUGGUGCAGCGGAGAAGUCUAAAACCGAAAAUAAAACUGAUCAGUUAGCGACGGGCGAACCGGAGAAUAAAAUCAUUAAGCUGAAUCAAAUGACUGCUCAGGAACGGCUCGAAAUGCGUGCGAAAAAAUUCGGUUCUCAAGUGGCGACCGUCGAUGCGUCUUCAAAUUCCAAACUUCAAGCCCGUGCAGCCCGUUUUGGAAUCGCUGGCUCAAGCAGUACUACUUCAACCGGAACGAACAGUCUAGUAUCGCUGGAUGCACUCAAGAAACGAGCGGAAAGGUUUGGUGCCAGUGUUUCUGAUAAAAUGACCAAGUUGGAACAAGAGGAAAAGCUACAGAAACGUCAAGAGCGAUUUGGCCAAGCCGAUGGGGCAAAGCUUACCGCGACCGGCAAAGUCGCCAUCACCGCUAACAGCAGCACAAGUACAGACUACAGCGAAAGGGCACGUUUACGGCUGCAACGGUUCAAAAAUACCGCCUAAAUUUCCAAAUUUACUCUGACGACUUCAAUCAUUUACCGGCCCUACCAUUUUUAGCGUUAGAUUUUCAUGUUUUUCGAUAACUCAACCGGAUUGCGUUGAGUAACAGCAGUACGUUUUGAUAUAUGUAUUCAUAUAUACUAGGGUCGUAUGUUCCCAAGCGUAAAUCCGAAUGUUUGGUUUUGUGAAAUCUAGAUGAAUCGAUUUAACUUAUCCAAUAAAUAGGGUUGCAGCUGAAAAGUCUAA